AUGGCCUCGGAGUCCUCGGCUGUGUUUAAGAGCGUGAAGAAAGUGCGCAAUUUUGAGCCCGUCGGCGAAAUCGAUGACGGGAUGGGGAAGAAAUGGAAAGUUGUCGUGGACCCGAUCAAUUUAGAUCCAAGCUACGACAUGAUCGAUUUCAGUGCCCCAGGAGCCAGAGUUGCUAAUACCGUCCUUAUGGUGGACAGUUGCCAUUGCGCUUCCGAGAGCGACAUACUUAACUGUCGUCGUUACUUCUAUAGAGGAAAGAACGAAGCUGAGCGAUGA